CACGAACGGCUAAAGAGCAAUGUUUGUUUGUUCAACGUUAGUUAAACGAUCGUAAAUUUCAUUUUCAAAGCUAGUACAUUGUGAGUCGAUCGUUUUUAAUAGCAAAGAAGAUACCAAUAUUGUUCAAAUUUCCCGUCGCUUCCUCGUGUAUGAUUGUAUCUGUAGAUGCUUGCACGUUAUGCCAAACCGAUCCAGCAGCGCGUACAGUUUAUGAACAGUCAUUGAUUGGUUGAGCAAAAUCGUUUUUCUGCGUUCGAUCGUGACGAUAGCUGGCCCAUUUUGAAUAUUAUUAUAGUACUAAAGCAGCUAAAGCAGGAUGUCAUCGGUAUACGCAGUGGGUUUUCAGUAUAAAUUCUCUUCACCGAAUUCAACAACGUAUUCUGUUAACGUCGAACGAAAAGAUAAUACAUAUCUUCCGAAAAAAGAUGAUUUAAAAUUAUCUGGUGACCAUCUCGAAAAAUCUGGAUUCGAUGGACUGGAAAAUGCGCUGGCGCUGCCGCAGAAAGCUGAGCUAACGACAAUAGCGUCAGAUCGCGCGGAUGCCCAGAACGAAAUUCAGGCUUUACGUGCCGCACUUCUCCCCUUAGUCACCGCGUUCGCCAAAGAACAUCACAAUGUCAACGUACAGCGAUAUUACGGCGUUGAUUAUACUUCUGGAAAAGCUGGACUAACUAGGACCUGUUAUAUUCUAGCAGAACACUGCCCAGGAAUGCCUUUGGAUGAACUGAUGCGGUCAGUAACUGUUGACGCGGAUACGAAAAUAAAUGAUUUCGCAGUUAUUAUAUACACAAGACAAAUUCUGAAAGGAUUGAACUUCCUCCAUGAAAACCACAUUAUUCACCGCGACAUCAAAGGAUCAAACGUGAUGGUAAACGAAGCCACUAGCACGGUAAAAAUAAAGGGAUUGCUGAUGGCUAAACACUUUUCGGGAGACUCCACACCGUCGAACUGCUUAGAAAAUGCUGCCGGCACGGUGCCGUUCUUAUCACCGGAAAUGGCAUCUCUCUCUGCAAAACGGUCGAAUCAGCACACGUCGGUUGGUAGAAAAACCGAUAUCUGGAGCUUGGGGUGCACCGUCAUACAAAUGUUGCAGCAAGGCACACCGCCACGUUUAGUUAGAGAUAAGAGCGGUGAUACCGUAGUUCCGACUGCUUCCACCCAUAACUUCAAGGACAUGCAUUACUACUUCGGUGUCGGGUAUCGGCCCCAGUAUCCUACAGCUGAUAUCUGCGGUCAUGGGUGUACGGAAAGCUGCAGUUUGGUUACAACGGAUGUGAUUGCCUUCCUUAAUAAAUGUCUAGAAAAGGAUCCUGUAAAUCGGCCAUUGUGUACUGCGCUUCUCCAGAUGAAAUACUUCGCUCGCACCAUGCCGAACCACAAGAGCAGAGAAAUGCAGCGGUGUGUAGUAAGGCGGUAUGAAAUUGAUUCAGUAGCGCAAGUUGAAGACACAGAAGAAGCCAAAAGAAAUAAUACUAUGAUGAAUUACCUUAAAAAAUUUGUGAAUCUUACCAUUAGCAAAGAGACACGGGAUGAACUGGAUUUACUGAAAACGACAACAAAUCUUCCAGGCACAGUCAAAGACCACAAAAUCCCGUACACAGUUACUUUCAUUUCUCCAGCUGAAUCGCCGAGCGGUAACAGUAAAUUUUUAAUGGCAAACAAAGGAAGCGUCUUCGAGAAACUCACACACUCAAGCGUUCUCACGUCGGAGCACAUUAUCAAACAUCUUGCCGCCGUACUCACCCUCUGGCCUUGAAAUCCGGCUUUUCACCGAGAGUGAAGGCAACUUUGUGCCUUUUAGCGAAUACUUGACAAGUCGUAAGUUCCAGAAGUCAUUCAUUCCUCACUUCACAAGCCAGAUUCUUGAAGGACUAGUCGUAUUACAUGACCUUCACAUCAUCCACAAAGACAUUCGAUGUUCGAACAUUCUUGUACAGCCAAUCGACGGUCAUGCAGCCAGGUACAUUCUAAAGAUUGCUCACUUCGAGAAAGCGUCGCAGGAAAAAGAUGACAGCGCUCGAGAAGUUUGUCCGGAGGGAUCAUCACGCUUCAUAUCGCCAGAAAUGAUGAAUCUGAUGAUUCCCGGCAGCAGUUCGGAACAAAAUAAAAUCACCACGGCUACGGAUGUAUUCAGUUUAGGCUGUACCAUAAUCGAGAUGUAUAAGCGAUCCCCACCGGAAUGGGUAUAACGGAAUAAAAUGAGCGGGAAAAACGAAAGAUUUAUGUUCAAAUCAGAUGCAAACAGUCUUGAUUUUUUCUCUAAUUUGUGGAAGAUGCUCGAUCUGCAAGCUGAACCUGAUGUCGCCGACAUCACUGACAAUGCCGAUGCCCGUAAUUUUGUGGAAGCUUGCUUUAUACCAGGAAAUAAAAGACCAACAUGCAAGGAACUGUUGGAGCAUUUAUUCAUUGUAGGAUUCUCCGUUGGAAGCAGUUGCCAGUACUCCGUUCACGGUACUGGAAGGAACGCAGAAGGUCUCUCUGGAAUAGUGUAUAAAGCAAAUAUCACCGAUCGCGGGAAUUUUACUGAAGACAUUGCAGCUGUUAAAAUAUUUCAUUUGCGUUUAGCGCAACCGUUGUUUGCUCUAAGCGGAAACUCAACGCUACGUCAACGGUGCGAAAAUCUUCUUCAGCUUAGACAUCGUAACAUUGUCGGGUACCAUAAAGUGACCGUAAGAAACCAGCGAGAACAAGAUUUGGUUACUUUUGAGAUUAUGAUGGACUGUUGCUCAGGAGAUCUUAAUCAGCAUCUAAUACAACUGGACAAUGAGAGGCACCGAUUGGGCAAGGCAACAUGUAUUCGCUAUGCGAUGGAGCUCGCAGCUGGGCUAGAUUAUCUGCACCAAAAAAAUAUUAUCCAUGGAAAUCUGUCUCCGACAAAAGUGCUCUACCGAAGUCACGCAAACGAGGCUGUAACAGUUGUAAUUAGUGGUUUGGAUUAUACGAUGCUAUGUCAAAAUAACGACAAUGUGGAAAACACAAGCAGGUUUCAAUGUCCAGUCCGGUAUAUGCCACCAGAAGCGCUGCGAAUGUCCAUCAAAAGUCCAUCAGACGAAAUCGAACUCAGGAGCGAUAUCUGGAGCUUGGGAUGUAUCAUUAUAACUCUUGUUACAUAUGAUAUCAAAGGCUACGAAAGACAGUUAGUCAAGGGAACAGAACGAGCUGGAGCAGGAAACGAUAUUCCGAAUUCAAUUUAUGCAGUGCGGAUUUUAGAUGGAUAUGUUCCAUUUCUGGCUGAACCUAUUUCUAUGGACUUGAUUAGUUGCAUUGAGCCGUGUGUUCGUGCUGCCGUAAUCGAGCGCUGCAGCGCGAAAGCUUUGUUACAGCUGUUGUCGCAAGUUGAUACUUCUGAUGCUGGAGGAGUGGAUUCUACUCAUCAUUCUAGCCCAACAUUUCCAUCGUGCGAGGAACAUCUACCGGAGCCAACGGCUGCUCCGAUCAGUGCGGCUGUUUUGGAAUCGUCGGCAGCGCCUGAUUACACGAGUGAAGAAAACAUGGAUUCCCUAGCAGAAGUCUUAGGUGUACGGUGUCAGUAUCAUUAUGCAGAUAGCUACUCGGAUUAUGUUGGAAGAGGUUCAACUGGUACGAUUUUCAAAGCAAUGGUCACGGAAAGAGGGGAUUACACCGGAAAACAAACUGUCGCUGUGAAAGUAGUUCGUUUCUCUGAAGACCGGGUAUCCUUUGACUUGGCAAAGAUGCGCAGAAGAUUCCGGUCACUUAUUUCUCUCAGACAUGAUAACCUCGUUGUGUAUCAUAGAAUAUCUGUUAACCGAUUCCCCUAUGGAUGGACAGUGGAAAUCAUGAUGGACUAUUAUUCAGGUGGAAAUUUUUCAAAUUAUUUACAAACCUGCAAGGAAAACGAGCAGUGGCUGCAGUCAGCAACGGUUAUCAGAUACAUGGUACAGUUAGCCAGAGGACUAACAGUUUUGCACAGCAGCAAUAUUAUACAUGGAAAUUUAAGUCUUCUCAAUAUUCUAAUCAGUCACGAAGAAAAUAAUCGGCUAAAGCUUUCGAUCGGCAGCCUGGAUGGAGCGGUCCAAAUGCAGUCAAGCAUAACACAUUCGGUAGAUUGUGAAGAUAUCCGCGGGACAAUACGUUUUAUGUCUCCGGAGAUGCUUACACGCUUCGUUAACUUUGGCUACGAGGGCGGAAUCGGACGGAAAACCGAUACCUUCAGUUUAGGUUGCAUUUUUGCAGUAAUGGCCAACCAUAUGCCUUGUGGUCAUAAACCGAAGUUGUAUAAUCGAACUACAGGAGAAACCGUGGAAGUAGACGCAAGCUUCCGUGACCUUCGUUACACAAGUUUCGUCCUUGAUGGAUACGUACCGCAUGUUGAUGAAUCUAUACCACCACGUUUGGCUGAAAUUAUACAAAGCUGUUUGAGUGUUAGCGCUGAAGAAAGAAUUUCUGCAGAUGGCCUCCUCAGAAAACUUAUAUUGAUUCAAGAAGAUUUCAGCCUUGGGCUGCUACCAUCAGCAUUGGUAUGUACUUCGGAGACAACUGAUAUGCUUUCACCAGCAUAUUGCGCACUAAGUGACCACUCGGUGACAUCCGAGAGCCAGGAAGAAAUACCGGUAAUUUCGCUGGUAGCGACUGCGUAUACGGUUACAGCAGCAAUGAUUGGACUGGAAAAGGCUCAUUCGGCUUCGUCUACAAAGCAAAAAUUAAAGACAAAAGAAACUAUAUAAGGGACGAAAUCGUUGCCGUUAAAGUGGCGCACUUGAAUACAUCAGUCCUCCCAUGGAAUAUUAAAGAUCGUACCGUACUGCUGGCAAAAUUCAAUAGAUUGAUCCAACUUAAUCAUAGCCAUUUGGUUAAAUACCAUGCAGUUAAAAUGUUACAGUCUUCUAAAGGAACGAGGUUGGAGUUCCUAAUGGAUUACUACAACGAUGAUACUUUAUCGGUGUUACUGAGAAGGGUGAAGGAUGUUGGGGGUGUGACACUACCUGAACAAUCAGCCAUUCAGUAUGUAAGGGAAAUUACGGACGGGUUGUGCUAUUUGCACGGGAAGCCGUGGGAAAUCGUACAUGGAGACCUGAAACCGUCAAACGUCCUUGUAAGAAGUGGUAAAGGUCAGCAUCGUACACUGUCGAUUGGCGACCUCGACUCCUGUGUGGCAUUAGAUUCCCUUGACAAACGUACCAAUAUGCAUGCAACGAUCCGUUACAUGUCACCGGAGAUGAUUCGAUAUUUCGAGAAUGAUUCAACAGAAACGAUUGAUCAGCUAACGGACAUCUGGAGCCUUGGCUGCAUUAUAAUAGAGCUAGUUAACUGCGUCAUCAAUCAGCACGAUAUGUGGCUAACAAAAGACACGAAGUCUUCGGCAAUUGUAGCCGGUGACCAGGUUUCCGACGUUGAUUUUCCCAGAUUGAUAACGGACGGUUAUACUCCAUGGAUUCGGGAAUCAUUAUUCACUUUACAAACUCAGCACUGGCUUGGACUUAUUAAAUCCUGCUUUCAAACUAAAAGUGCUAACAGAAUUUCCGCUAAAGCCCUUUUGGAACAGCUGAGGAACAAAGAAGAUAACUUGGGUCGCUCAUCUCAAGACGACGACGGAUACCAGUCACUAUCAGUUCAGACGUUGACCUAAUCGGUAAACGAAUCUGCGAUUACCGCAAGGCGCGAGUUGCAGCUGCAUUUCCUUACCCUGCAUUUCCUUUCCUUUACCACCUCGUGCUGCAGAAUUAAUAAUUCUGAUAAAUGUCCCAGUAAAGUAAAUCCAUUUCUAGUAUCGCAUCUCCUGUUCGUUUCCAACUAUUGUUUCAAAGAAGGUUGCAUUUUGUCCUUUGCAGUUAUUCAUGCUAUGUAUGUCCGAGCGUUCAUGGAAGUUGUGGUCGCGUAUGUAUGGGGACUUCGUAUCCGGACAUGUCUGCUUAGGGGGAAAAUUUGUAUAUUAUGAGGGGCAAAAACGCAUCCAAGAAAUUUGCUCUACCUACGUGAAACGGAUACGUCCUGAUGUUAUC